UAACAAUAUAUUUCGUUUAUUAUUAUCGAUUGUAAAGGAUUAAUAAAAUAAUUCGAUAAAAAAUUAAACUACCAGAGAGAGCGCAAAUCGCAGUGACUUCAAUCGUAUAUACAGUAUUGAUCAAUACAUUAGAGUAGUUCACGGAUGUUGAUUAUAUGUCGUGUUAGACAUAAAAAUCUGUUAGCAGAUAAAAAUGUAGAUAAUUUUGAAAUUUAAUAUUAUUUUAUUAAAGGCAGCUCUUUCUCUAUAUCUCUCUUUUUCUCUUUCUCGUUUUUUUCACUAUUUAUAAUUUUUUUAAAUAGAAAUUCUUAAUCUUCUGAGAAGUUAGAGAAAAAAAGGAGUGAAAAUAAGAAAUUGUUUAUUCCAUAAUGAUUUUUUUCAAGACUGCUUUAUUUUUUGGACUUCUAAUACUCGUAAGUGCUGGACGAGAAUAUCAAAAGAAAGACAUAAUUGCUCUCAGAGAAGAAGUGCGAUCUAUGUUUGAUCAUGCAUAUUCCAGUUAUUUAACUUAUGCAUAUCCUUAUGACGAAUUGAGAUCACUUAGUUGCGAUGGUUUUGAUACAUGGGGUAGUUUUUCAUUAACGUUGAUCGACGCUUUAGAUACUUUAGCUGUUAUGGGAAAUUUUUCAGAAUUUCGUCGUGUAGCCGAGAUAAUAAGUGAUAGGGAAAAUUUUGAAGCUAAUAUUAAUGUAUCUGUUUUUGAAACAAACAUACGAGUGGUUGGUGGACUUUUGAGUGCUCAUUUAUUGUCACGCAAAGCUGGUGUACCUUUAGAACCAGGAUGGCCAUGUAAUGGUCCUUUGUUACGUCUUGCUGAAGAUAUGGCUAAAAGAUUACUUCCUGCCUUUGAUACACCAACAGGAAUGCCAUAUGGAACUGUUAAUUUGAAAUAUGGAGUUCCUGAAGGAGAAACAAGCAUUACAUGUACAGCAGGCAUAGGUACCUUUCUAUUGGAAUUUGGAACACUUUCUCGUUUAACUGGUGAUCCUCUUUAUGAAGAAGUUGCUAUGAAUGCUUUAAAAGCAUUAAAUCAUUAUAAAUCUAAUAUUGGAUUAGUUGGUAAUCAUAUUGAUGUUUUGACUGGUCAUUGGACUGCUCAAGAUUCUGGAAUUGGUGCAGGAAUUGAUUCAUAUUUUGAAUAUUUAGCAAAAGGCACGCUAUUGUUCCAGGAUCCAUGGUUAGCUGCAAUGUUUCAUGAACACAAAGCUGCUAUUGAAAAAUAUAUUCGCAGAGAGGAUUGGCAUUUAUGGGUUUCUAUGACAAAAGGUCAAGUGACCUUACCAGUGUUUCAAUCUUUAGAUGCUUAUUGGCCUGGUAUAUUAAGUCUGUUUGGAGAAAUUGCAGAUGCCAUGAAAUCUUUACAUAAUUAUCAUCGUGUUUGGAAACAAUUUGGCUUUACUCCAGAAUUUUAUAAUAUUCCCCAAGGUGAAGCUGGAACAAAUCGAGAAAGUUAUCCAUUAAGACCAGAACUUAUAGAAUCUGUGAUGUAUUUAUAUAGAGCAACUGGAGACCCAUAUCUAAUUCAAGUAGGAGUUGAUAUACUUAGAAGUUUACAACAUAGUGCUAAAACUAAAUGUGGUUAUGCAACCAUUAAUGAUGUACGUGAUCAUCGAAAAGCAGAUAGGAUGGAAUCUUUUUUUCUUGCUGAAACAACAAAAUAUCUUUAUCUUCUUUUUGAUCCAGACAAUUUUAUUCAUAACAAUGGACAACAAGGGGAUGUAAUAAAAACACAAUGGGGUCAUUGUAUUGUUGAUUCUGGUGGAUAUGUUUUUAAUACAGAAGCACAUCCCAUUGAUCCUGGUGCAUUAUAUUGCUGUCGCAGGAUACAAAAUAUGUUACCGGAUAAAAUAACUUCAGAUAAAUUUUUUACAAAAUACGAUUUAAAAGAAGAAUACAAUACAAAAGAUACAAUUCAUAAAGAUGAUAAUAUAAAUAAAAAUGAGACCAAUAAUUUUGUUGAAAUAAUAAAAUUAUCACAAUUGAGACAUAAACCUACAAAUGAAGUAAAAGAUAAAAAGUAUGAAAAUGUUGAAACAUUAUUUAUGCAGGAAUUUCUUUCUGAAAAUGUUUCAAAAAAUGAAGAUGAAACUAAUAAGAAUAAAACCCUUCAUUCUGAUUCCGCAAAGAUGCAAGUUAUAGCAGAACCAAAUGUAAUUUAUAAAGCUGACGAUAGUGAAACUACAGAUACUUUUGAGACAUCUAUUACUUCAAAUGACCAAUAUGAUUCUACAACAGUUCAGAAUAAUUCAAAACUAUCUAAGAAAGCAAUUAGCAAUCAAAUUACAAGAUUUGAACCACAAAUUAUGUUAGAAAAUAUUAGAAAAAAAAAUAUGUAUCCAACAAAUACGACAGCAAGAUUGAUGUAUCAGACUUUGUCUUGUCAGUCGCAAUCAUUCCUACAACGAAUAUCUAUUAUAGGAGAAUUCUUUUAAUAUUUAUUUCAAAAAUUUUACUUGUAUAAUUUUUAGUUUUUUAUUCUAUUCGUUCAGUAAAUCUUUCUUUAAUUUUAUUGUUAGUUUAAUCGUAUUAAAAAAAUAU